AUGCGGGGCGACGCGUGGCUGCGGCCGCUGCUGCUGGGGCGGCGCGAGGCCGUGGCUCACAUGCGGCGGGCGCUGGAGCUGCUGGCGCUGCAGGCGGCGCGGCUGCUGGAGGAGCGCUUGGAGGCCGCGCUGCGCGGUGCGGCACGGGACGGGGCCCCCCCGGCGCAGCUCGCCGACCUCUUCCAGGGUCUGGAGAUCUACAACCGCGUGCUGGCGGAGCUGGAUACGGAGCCGGGCUCCGCUCGCUCGACCGCCGGCGCCGACCGGGCCGCGGGGAUGCCGCCCUGCGCCUUCCCCCUGCGGCGGGUGCUGGCCCUGCUGGCGGCAGAGAGGGGCCGGCGGGCGGCCGAGAGCCUCGCGCGGCUCCUGCGGCACGGAGACGGCGGCUUCGUCGCGGCGGAGGAGGAGGAGGAUGGGCUGGAGGCGGCGCGGAGCCUCCCCGAGGCGCUGCGGGCGCUGUGCCUUGAGGACGAGCGGCUCGUGGGCCCCGUGCUGGAGGUGUUGGUGGCCUCUGCCGACGGCCUUUGGCGUCCUGCCCUCGGCGUUCCCACGGAGAGCCCCGCGGCUCCGUCCCCGCGGCCGGGCUCAGCCUGCAAGGCGGUGCGCUGGUUGGACGCGACCCACGCGGCGGCGGCCGAGGCUCUGCACGCCCGGUACCGCCCGCUGUGCUGGGAGGCGGCCGGCGCCGCGCUGGGCCCCCGCUUGGAGCUACCGGCCGGUGGGACGGGACGCGCCGCCGGCGUCGCACGGGAGCUGCAGCUGGCGCUCGGUCCCGCCCGCAUCCCCCCGGAGUGCGAGGAGGAGUUGGGGCGGCUGUGCCGGCGGCUGCAGUGCCGGGCUGCCCUGCUCGACUGGCACCGAGACUUCGCCCUGGCGCUGGGUUCGGGGCUGAGCGAUCGCUGCGCGGUGCCGGAGCGCUCGGAGGGCGCGGCGCACAGCGGUACGGCGCGGCUCCUUCAGCGGCUCUACCCGGCCCUGAGCUCCGCCCUGCGGAACCUGCCGGACGACCCGGAGGGCAGCCCCCUCGGCUCGCCCUGCCUGCGCCUGCAGCUGCUGGGCUGCUGCCUGGCUACGGCUCAGGCCUCGCGCUCCUGGCUGAUGGGCAAAGCCUUCCAGUACCUGGCGGCGUGGUCCCUGCAGCAGUUCCUGCUCGUCACUCAGGGAGACCUGCAGCUGCUGAAGGCCGAGACGGACGCGCUGGAGCUGCUGGUGAACGCGACUUUCCCGGAGCCUGAGGACGGCCCGCAGCACCUCGCGCCCCACCGGCGCCUGCGCUCCCAACACGAGCGGUGGCUGCGCCUGCAGAUCCGCUCCGCGGCCGCCAGCAUCCAGCUGUUCGCGGGGGACGUGUUGAAGCUCUUCUCGACGGACUGCAAGCGGAUGUCGGCGGAGAUCUUCGACCAGACCAUGCCGCUGGGCAGGCACUGGAGGCUCGGCCUCCGAGCCGAGCUGCCCAGCUCCCCCAGCGACUACGCGGCGGCGGCGGCUCAGACGGUGCUGGGCCAAGUGCUGCAGGGCGCGCAGCUGCUGCCCCGCGACUCCCAGGUGCCCACGUUGGCGCGGGUGAUGACAGCCUUCGUGGAGGCGUGGAUGGAUCACAUCCUAGCGCAGAAGAUCAAGUUCAGCCUGCAGGGCGCUCUGCAGCUGCAGCAGGACUUCGCGCUGGUGCGGCAGCUGGUGCAGUGCGAGCAGUACGGGCUGGAGCCCGACACGAGGCAGGCGCUGCUCUCCCUGCGCGUCCUCCAGCAGAUGGACGGUGCCAUCCUCUGCCUCCUGCAGCAGCCCAGCGGCAAGGCGUAUCUGCCGCCCCAUGGCUGGCCCUCCCUGCGGCAGUGCUGCUCCAACCACGGUGCCCGCACACAAGAGCUGGGCGCCAGCAGCCUGCACAGCCUGGAGACCCUGGAGGCGGCGGGGCCUUCAGCGGGCCCCCCCCCCGCCCCUUCCCGGCUCGGAGCCCCCCGGCCGGCCCCGCGGCGGCCCCCCCCGAGUCCUACCUGUCUGGCGGGCAGCAGCAGUGGUUGGCGCUGCGGCUGCACGGAGCGCGGCGCUGGCGCGUCCCCGGCCUGCCGUGCAUGGCCAAGAGCCCCGAGGGCUGAGCGCGGCCGAAAUAAAGCGACGCGGCGCUGA